AUGGCUGCCGUGGCCAACGGGCACGUUGAUUCACAUAUGGGAGAAGUGACCAUACAGACGGACGUGCUCAUCAUCGGAGCUGGCCCAGCCGGCGCGUCGCUAGCAUGUUUCCUCGUAUCCUACGGCAUCAAGGGUACAAUAAUCAGCAGAGCGUCGGGCACGGCAGACACCCCACGCGCCCACAUCACGAACAUGGCGGCGCUUGAAUGUCUUCGCGACAUAGGCCUCGACAAGGACUGCAUUCAAGUCUCGACCAAAGGGGAAUGCAUGAUGCACACAAGAUGGUGUUACAGCAUGGCGGGUGACGAGUUCGCGCGUGUGUACUCAUGGGGGAAUGAUCCGGCGCGAAAAGGGGAUUAUGAGAUCGCCAGUCCCUGCGAACCUUGCGACAUACCGCAGACACUGUUGGAGCCAGUGCUGAUCAAACAUGCAACAAACAAUGGCUUCAAGUGCCGCUGGGACACUUCCUUCAUCUCCUUUCAGGAUCUAGGGGAAAGCAAAGGGGUUGUGACAAGGUUGCGCGAUGACUUGCAUGGUCGGGAGUACGUCGUACAUUCCAAAUACCUCUUUGGUGCAGAUGGAGCAAGGAGUCGAGUGGUCGAGCAGCUUGGCCUACCACUUUCCUCAAAGCCCGGGGGCGGUCUCGCCAUCAAUGUCCUGGUUAAGACGGACCUCAGCCACUUGAUCAAGCACCGGAAGGGGAACCUUCAUUGGGUCAUGCAACCAGAUCGCCCGCUUUCCGGCUUUGGUCAAAUGGCCAUCGUCCGCAUGGUGAAGCCAUGGUACGAGUGGAUGUUCAUUCUCCUGCCAACACCUGGAUGGGCCGGCCCCGAGCCGAGCAAGGAGCAGUACCUGCAACAGGUCAAGACGUUCGUCGGCGACGACUCGAUUCCAGCGGAGAUAAUCAGUGUUUCGAGAUGGAACAUCAACGAGAUAGUGGCCGAGCAGUACUCGCACGGCAAUGUCUUUUGCCUAGGAGACGCAGUGCACCGACAUCCACCAUUCAACGGUCUCGGCAGCAACACUUGCAUUCAAGACGCAUUCAAUCUGGCCUGGAAGAUCGCCUACGUCGAGUCUGGGAAGGCACAUCGAUCUUUGCUUACCUCCUACGGCUCCGAAAGACAGCCCGUUGGACGAGCAGUCAUCACCAGAGCCAAUGAUGGCUUCCGAGAGCAUGCGCUCAUAUGGGAAGCUAUCGGAAUGCUUUCAGAGGACAUAUCCGACCGGAUGGCCAUCCUCGAAGAACUCCAAAGUCCCGGAGAAGCCGGUAAAAAAAGACGAGCUGCUCUUCAAGCGGCCACUUUGAAUACUUGCCACGAAUUCCAUGGCCUGGGAAUCGAAAUGAAUCAGUUUUACACGAGCCCGGCAGUGUAUGCAGCAGACGAGAAACUUCAGUUCAGACUCGAAGGUCCUGCCGCGGAAGACCCUGUCCUAUAUCACAUGCGAAGCACGUAUCCUGGUCGUCGCCUUCCCCAUGCAUGGUUAAACAAGCGAAGCCCAUAUCAGGAACCGAUUUCCACCAUUGACCUCGCAGGGAAAGGCCAUUUCACCAUCUUCACGGGCAUAGGGGGAAGCAGCUGGAGGUGCGCGGCCGAGGACGUGAUGAGGAAUCUGGGAGCUGGGUUACAAAUCACUGUCUGGUCGAUUGGUCCAGGCCAGGAGUGGGAGGACAUCUAUCAAGAUUGGGCCAGGGUUCGUGAGGUCGACGACGACGGUGCAGUGUUAGUGAGACCCGACCGAUUCGUUGCAUGGAGAAGUCACGAUGUCCGCUCAUGUGAGGGCGGCUGUGAAUCAAAGCUGUUGCAAGUCAUGAGAACCCUAUUAGCGUUGGAUUAA